UGGAAUAUACCCUCCUCCUCUGUGUUGUAUGUAUAUAUGAGUAGUGCGUUAGUAGGCGAAAGGUAGGAAGGAUCAAGAAAAAAGCACAGCCUUUCCCAUAUCAUCUCCUUUCUGUUCACUCUCUCUCUACAAUUCCAGAACAAAAUGGUUGACAACAAUGAUUUACACUCUCAAUUUCUCGCAUCUGCUGUCGACGCUGCUCAUAAAGCUGGUGACGUUAUUCGCAAAGGAUUCUCCCAAACUAAACACGUCGAACACAAAGGAUCGGUUGAUUUGGUCACUGAAACAGAUAAAGCAUGUGAAGAACUAAUAUUCAAUCAUCUCAAGCAGCUUUAUCCCACUCAUAAGUUCAUUGGAGAAGAAACAACAGCUGCUUUUGGAACUACAGAACUUACCGAUGAUCCCACAUGGAUUGUUGAUCCCCUCGAUGGAACUACUAACUUUGUGCAUGGGUUCCCCUUUGUUUGUGUCUCGAUUGGUCUUACAAUUGGAAAAGUUCCAACAGUUGGUGUUGUGUACAAUCCAAUAAUAAAUGAGCUUUUCACUGCAGUCCAUGGAAAAGGUGCUUUUUUGAACGGGAACCCUAUAAAAGUUUCAUCACAAACUGAAUUGGUGAAUUCUCUUCUUGCAACUGAGGCUGGAACAAAACGUGACAAGGCAACACUAGAUGCGACCACCAAUAGGAUUAAUAGUUUGCUUUACAAGGUGAGAUCUAUUAGAAUGAGUGGCUCCUGUGCUCUGAAUCUUUGUGGAAUUGCAUGUGGAAGACUGGAUGUGUUCUAUGAAACUGGAUUUGGUGGUCCAUGGGAUGUGGCAGGUGGUGCUGUCAUUGUUAGAGAAGCUGGAGGUGUUGUGUUUGAUCCGUCUGGUGGAGAUUUUGACAUAUCAGCUCAGCGUGUAGCUGCUUCAAACCCUCUAUUGAAGGAUGCAAUUGUUGAUGCUCUGCGCCAAACAGAGUGAAAACUGAAAAAUUGAAGUUAUAUAUUAUUAAUCUAUGAUUAGGAGAAAUUGUGUUACAAGUCAGUCUUUUUUAUUUCAUUUACUUUUUCUCAAAUAAUCAAAACUAUCAAUUUUUGGAUAUUAAAUUAUCCGAUAAAAUUAUUGGAGCAAUUUUAUACUUUUUGUGCGAAUUAUCGAACACUCAAUGAUACAAGUCACUUUAAUGCAA